CUGUCAAAUACGAGACUACUACGUGAUUCUUUCGUAAAAUAAUAUUUUAAUCUUAAAAUAUAUUUUAAAACGGCAGUAAUUUAUUAUUUAUAUUUUCUAUUAUUAAGAAAUAAUUCCAAACGUAACUUUUAAAAAAUAACAUAAUUAUGUCAGGUUUGAUGACAGUAUUGCUUCAACCUUUGAGAUUAGUCAAGCAAAGUCUUAUCAAUGUAUCUCCAACUGGUAUCGCAUCUGAACUAAGUUUGGUGAAACCAAAUUGUUUCUCUCUAACUGCUUUAAGAAAUAAAGUGCGUUGUUAUUUUCCUCGACCAAACGAAGUAAAACGCGUUCAUCGACACGGUUGGCAAAAGCGGAUAUCAACACCAAAUGGCCGUAGAAUUAUUAUGAGAAGAUUACUAAAAGGUAGAUAUGUAUUAACCCAUUAGUGUAGAAUAAAGAUUAAAGAGAUAAUAUCACUGUAGAAGUAUGAUAAAUAUUGAAGUUUAGUUUAAAUACCUGAUUAUUGUGCUAUUGUUGAAAACAUAAAA